AUGCUGACGCUUUGGAACUCAGGGCCUCUUUUCGUAAUCGCUUUGCUGAUUUUGCGGUUGCUGAGUCAGAUGCAGAGGCAGCUUUUGAGCCCAGGAGUAAACUUCGCCGUGCUUCCAGCGGAGAACAAUCGUGGCAGCUUGUACCGCAGGAUCAGCCGGUGGGGCACAACGGGCGCCAGCCUACAGUUGCUCGGCUCCGUAUCGCUUUCCCUGGCAACGCCGAGACCAGUUCAGCCCUCAACAACAGCUUUGCGAGCACCUUCAGAGUUACACCCGCCUGCCUUUCGUGAGCCGGUCGCCGGCUUGGUCACCAGCAAGGAUAACCAUCAGGCGUGCGAUGAACGCAACAAGGUCCUUUUCGAUCAGCUUUGUGCAUCGCAUGGUGCCUACAGUGAGGUGCUGCAACAGCUUUCAGGGAGUCGCGAGGGCGCGGUGAUCAAGUCUCGGCUGCUUAGCAAGGUCAGUGACACCACGGCGGCCCGCUACCUUCGCUCAGUCCAGCUUUUCUUUUGUGCCUUUGAGGAGCUGGGUGGCAACAUGGAGUCCAUCGACCAAGGUCUCUUUCUUGAUGCUUUCUUCGCUUUAUCCCGAGGCUUCGAACCAGGCCCCCUUUCCAACAGCAUCAAUGUGCUCAAGGCGCUGCGCUGGUACAAGAAGCUUCUUUCACUUUCAUGCCUCCCAGACCUGUACGGCACCGCUUUCAGUCUCCUCUCCAACCCGUCUGGCCAGGAGAAACGAGAGAGCAUACCACUGCCGCUUUCUUUUGUGGCCUUCCUUGAGCGCACCCUGCUUUCAGGCACAGCCAGCUUGAUGGACAACAUCUGGGCGGGGUCGUUCUUAGUGGCAAUCGGCGCGAGCCUCCGCUUCGCGGACGCCCAGCACGUCCGCUGGAGCUCACUUUGUGUGAGUCAUUUCACUUUAAGGGGAAUAUGCUACAGAACCAAGACCACCAAAGGCGGAUGCCCCUUUGGUCUUCUCAGCUUCGGCCCCUUUUCGUCCGCUGAGGAAUGGGGGCUGACUUGGCUCCCCCGCUGGCUUGGAGCAUUGGACAAGGUCUGGUCCGACCUCCGCUCCCGCUUUGGGGCCCAGCCGGAGCCAGACUGCAUGUUUUUCCUCUUAAGUGAUGUAGGCUUUGCUCCGGCCACUUAUUCACAGGCCCUUCAGAAGUUGCGCCACUGGCUGACGCUUUCAGGGAUAGAGCCGCACCAAGCUUCUCAAUAUACGCUUCACAGCUUGAAGACGACCUUCCUUUCGUGGAUGUCUCAGCUUUCUAUCCCACUGGCGUCCCGCUUUCUCCAGGGACAUCAUAAAACCCCUGGCUCUGCCCAGCUUUAUUCACGGGACGACGUAUGGCCAGCCCUGAGAGCGCAGCUUCUUUUGUGGCGGUCGAUCCACUCCGGCUUCCGUCCUGCCAGGCCGCAACACCGAGGUGGACAAUCACCGCUUGCCGAGCCCCUCUUCGAGACGGCGGGGUUCCAAUGGGACGCAUUCCUCCCGGACCUUACAUGUUUCUCGCUUGGCAGUGAUUUCCAAUCAUUCCUGGCCCUGGAACAACAGGUCGACCACUUCGAGGACUCAGAUGCUGAUGAUCCAGGCCCGGCUCGCGCUUCAGCGAUGGUCGCCUCCACUUUGGAGGUCGACCCCACAUGGCAAGAUGAAACGAGCGAGGGGCUUAGUGUGUCGCACGAGGUGCGGUAUCUGCUAGGAGCAUCCGGGGUGGCACACUUCAGCAUCUCCCACCCCGGCUCCCGCAUGACCUGCUUGGCGUGCAAGGAUGCCCACUAUCAGCUUAUGAAACAUAAUCCCGCUUUACUUCCAGCGUGGGUCAUGGCCAAAUUGUCCCCCGACUACGUGUUCAGCCUCCUCAAAAGCAUGAACGAGGAUGAGAAGGCCCACUUUUUGAGGCGAAUGGAAGGAGAACCGCUUCUUCCUUCCACAACGCCGGCACCCGCUUUGGCAGCAGCACCUUCGGAGCAGCCUGCUUCGAGUACCGUGGUCGACCCCAUAGGGGACUUUAUUGCUGCCGAAGAUUACGGGACACCGGCCGCUUCUACGUCUUCUCCCUCGCCUGCUGCACCCACUUUGGAGGCACCAGCGGAGCCUAAAGCAGCCACCAGUGGUGAGCGCGCCCCCACGGGAGCCACUUCAGCUGCUCAGGGAGACGAGGCCAACGCCGAGGCCACGGGUGACGGGGUCACGAACGCCAAACGCUGGCAACGUGAACCCGAAGUCAAGGAACCGCCGCCGCGACCUCCUUCAUCGCCCGCUUUGGCGUCGACCACUCCAAAGGCCGGGGCACCGCUGCUGAAGUCGAAGAGCAUGGCUACGCCCGCUCCACCCGCUUCGGCGGCCACUACGCCCCCGGCGGCUAAGCCCAGCGCCCCUCCCGCUUCCAAGGCCCCGCCACCGCCGCUUGUGGAGGAGGGCACCACGGGCGGAAGCUCGGGAAACACAGGGCAACAGCCGCCCGCUUCAACACCACAGCGCGAGAUAGCCCCGCUUCUCGCUAGUGACGCCCCAGCUUCCCGAUUGGGACACACUAUCUAUGAUAGCGAAGGCCGGGCCACUUUGCAGCUGGUUCAAUUGUGGGCAUGCCGCCGCCAGUGUUCCCAAUGCGCUCAGGGACACUGUCAGGCGACAUUCAGCGACAGAUCCAACAGCUUCCACGUGAACCACUUAUGCAGAGACUGCAAACGCGCUCGUGGGCGUGAGCGCCAGGAGGCCACUUCACAGUGGAACCACGGCCAAGAUGAGUGGGGCCAGAGCCAGACCGCUUGGGAGGACUCGCCCGCUUGGAGCUCCUGGAACUGGUCUGGUCUCUUCACCAUGGCCGACUUCGCGCAGCUCGUAUCGGACUGCAACGUGCCUCCUGCGGUGGCCUCUUUGCUCUCGGCGUUUGACACUGCUUUGUACGCACGUGCUUGCACCACUUCGGCAGAGCUAGAAGAAUUGGUCAACCACUUUAUGGCCGAAGCCUCGGUCACAGAAGCAGCGGAACGCUUCAUCACCAAAGCGUCGCUGCGCUUACUCUUCUUCAAGUGUCGACAGUCAGAGGGCAUGGCAUCCUUAGAAGCCACGUCCAGCGCUGCUCUCCCGCUUGGAGAAGCGCCUUCAACGGCUGUGCCAACCGCUCCAGCCGCAGUCCCGCUUUCCAGCUCAUGGCAGGAGGCCUGGCCUGCAAAACUCAGCGGCGAACGCACCGCAGCGCUUAGGAAAAGGUUCGAGGAGGAUUACCCCACUGAACUCCUCGAUGCCGAGAGCUUUCCGAGCGCCCGCUUGUUGGCCCUUACCAGGCCCAAGAAACAGGCCCGCUUUGACCUCGCGGAGUUCUUCUUCGACGAGGCUCCGACCCGGGAUAUACAUGAAGGCCCCGCUUCUUUCAGCUUCGUGACACAGCUUCUCUCACUUGCUGCGAACGCGAUCGCAUUAUGCCAGGGGGCACACCUAGGCUCCCUUAAACUCUACAACAAAAAGUUCACCCGCAUUUGCUUCACCAAAUACGAGGCCUCCGCCAGCCUACGGGGCCCCACUACGAUGGAAGCCCAGGCAGCUGAUCGCCGAUGUUGGGAAAUCAUCGCCGACUUAGUCAAUGUGCAUCAUUGGAAGCUAGAUGAUGCGCUUCACGAGGUGGCGGAGGUGCGAUCUGAUUUGCACAGCUUACUUGCGCCCAGGCCAUUCAUACCCAAACCCAAGAACGACCCGGACAACAGCUGGAAGGCCGGCUCCAAAGGCAAUGGCCGUGGAGGCAAAGGCGGGGGCCGUGGCGGCAAAGGCCGCGAUGGCAAAGGCGAGAAGGGAGAGCGCUUCGAGCGAGGCGGCAAAGGUGGCAAAGGCAAGGACAACAAGCAGGCGACGCCUCCCGGAAAAUGGCUUUCAACCAUCUUCAUGGAUGGCAAGCGCCAGACUCUUUGCAUGCGUUACCAGAGCGGUCAAUGCAAGGACCCAGCCACGUGCCGCUAUUUGCACAGAUGCGCAGUGCCCAAGAGUGAAACCCACUUCAGCGACCAGCGGGACAUCGCUGAGGAGGUCACAGUUGUCCCGCUUUCAGUGCCUGCUCAACCAUCAGGUUCAGCAGGGGCAACCUCGGCACUGCCCAAGGCUAGUGCCCCAGUAUCCAGUGCAUCUUUGGCAAUCAGUGAAGGCUCCCUCGACUUCGCUACCUGCUUGGAGCUUUUAGCGCAGUACUUUUCCAUUCCCUUCAUUGAUGCCGCAGGCCCCACCGACAAUGCCAUUGACGCUUCCGGAGCAUAUUUCAACCUGGGAGCUUUCUCCUUUGACAACGGCACCAGGUCGGGGAUAUUUCAGCGCACUGAACAAUUUUCCGAUGUACUUCGUUUCUUGAACGCUUUCAUGCAGCUUCAGUUCCCGGGUGCCUCUUGGAGCUCCUUGUGCGUGAGUCACAAUGUUCGUACUCGCGUACAUACGGAUGCUGGCAACGCUUCAGGAACACUCAAUCACACAGUUUCACUCGGCAAUUUCAGCGGAGGUGAGGUCUGGAUUAACCCAGCUUUGGACCCUUCGGCUGCCAACGUCCCGGCCCCCUUGGAGGCCUCAUCCGAGGCCCACAGAGCCGACAAUGCAGGCAAAGGUGAACUGCGCGACACCUGGCAUUCACCGCUUUCCUUUAGCUGUGAAUCCCUCCACUGCACGAUGCCAAUCCAAGGAGACAGGUGGGUAUUGACUGCCUACACUUGCAGGAACCUGCACAGCUUCGACACGAAGUCGCUGGCACAUUUAAGGUCACUGGGGUUCCCAUUGCCUCCGGUACCUACAUCACUUCCUCAGGCUACACCCCCUGAACUGAAGGACAACACGCACGUCGAGAUCUUCCUAGAUAUCUGCUGUGGUGCCUCUCACCCACUUACCACGGCGAUCUCAUCAUGUGGCAUCAUAUGUUUGCCCAUUGAUCUGCUUGGUGAGGAGCAGCUGGACCUCUUGCACGACGACACGUACGACCACCUCCUUCGGUUAUGCUUCUCAGGCAUUGUACGCUUUGCUCAUGGCUCUCCGCCAUGCAAAGAGUAUUCCCGCUUGAAGCUACGCCCCGGGGGACCAGCUGCUAUCCGAUCCCCGGAGCAUCUCAACGGGUUGCCGGGCAACACGUCCUCACAGCAGGAACGCGUGUUAAGCAGCCAGAAGCUUCUGUACCGCUGUGUAUGCCUGCUUCGAGCCGCUUUCAACUCAGGUGCACAUGUGUCUUUGGAACAGCCCACGAACGCGAUGUCUUGGCUUGAACCAUUCGUACAAGACAUGCUCGCUGAGAUACAAGCUUCACUGGUUAACAUCCCGGCAUGCUCAGUUGGCCAGAACGUAGCCAAAUCUUGGCUUUUCGCAUGCAGCUUCGAUGACAUGCGGGCCUUGGCAGGUACAUGCUCUCAUUCAGAGGGCCACCCCUCUAUGGCCGGCGUCAGGGACGAGCUUGGCAACUUUUUGUCACAGCGUACCGCGGAGUACCCGGCCCAGUUAGCAAACCGCUUUGCUCAGCAGGCGGCUCAACUUUUCUCGUCACGCCGGCCCUCUCACAGUGUUCCAACUUGUUCUUUGGCUUUCGCACUCUCUUCGAUCCCCAAGAAGCCCCGGGCAGUGACACCUACAGCGUCACAGGAUGGAGGUGGCAUCUACUCCUUGCCGGACUGGUCAAUGGGUAUCCACACAUACUUGGACGACAAGCUGCGCUUCACUGGGACACCGCCGGGCACCAGCAUUUCUGAGGGGUCCACUUUGCUUUCAGCCCGGCACAAAACUCUACACAGCAAGAAUGAUCUCGCUUUGGUCCCGGUAAGCACAAAACGCAUGUGGCUUCGUGUUACAGACCCCACUUCUUCGAAGCGACGCCUUUCGGAGGCCAGCAGAGAAACACUUUCCUUCUUUGCCCACUUGAGCUCCAGGGAAUGGCGUCCUCGACCACUCCGACCACCACCUACCAGUUCGGUGGAGUCAGCAGCCGAUGCAUUCGGCAAGGGCAACGACUGUGGCGUUGGAGGUUGGCUACGGCUCCCAGGCGGCAGACUGCUUUGGUUUGCUCAUCGCUACACCGUGCAGGACUUUCUGGAGCUUGGUCUGCCCAUGCAACCCGAUGCCAACCUGGACAUCUCCAGCUACGAGACGCUUGCGCAAUGCUAUGUGCUUCUCGCUUUCUGGAAGGCCCAUGGAUCUGGUCGCUUGGCUUUGACAUUACCAGCUUUGAGCGAUAAUAGUGGUGCUGAGUCGGUGUGUAACAAGCUUUACACCUCUAAAGUACCACUUAAUCUUUUUGUCCGCAAGCUCUCCAUGUGGAGCUCUAUUACCGGUGUCACUUUGGACUGCAGCCACAUCGCUGGCGAGAAGAACCACGAUGCAGACCUGCUUUCGCGGUGGGACGGUUGCACGGAACUUCCUGACAAGUUCUUGCCAUCAAACCGCAUCGAGCUCUACCUUUCUGAGUUCUGGCAGAUCCGCUUUCAGGUGAAACUCUUUCCAGCUGACACAUUUUUGAAGUGGCAGCUUCCAUCAGCCACCAGGUUGGGCCCGACAGACCGAGGCUCCAACAAGCGGAAGUAG